AUGGGGCACAAGAAGGGGUGGCCGGUUUCAUUUUUGGUGUUGUGUGAGGGGUCACCUGUUUUUUCCAGAACUUCCACUUCAAGAGGAGUUCUGCACUGCAGAGAUGUAAUUGGUUUUUUUUCCCCCGAUUCUCUUCCACAGUCUGCCAUCUUCAACUUCCAGAGUCUGCUGACUGUGAUCCUGCUGCUCAUAUGUACCUGUGCCUACAUCAGAUCCUUGGCUCCCAGCUUACUGGACAAAAAUAAAUCCGGAUUGUUGGGGAUAUUCUGGAAAUGCGCCAGGAUUGGUGAGAGGAAGAGCCCCUACGUGGCCGUGUGCUGUGUGGUGAUGGCCUUCAGCAUCCUGUUUGUGCAGUAGCAGCUGGAGAGUGUCCCCAGGUAGCCAACAGCAGAUCCUGUGUCAAGAAAGGAUGGGAAGCCUCAGCAAGUCUCCUCUCACACGAUGGAUAACCUCUCUCCUGGUGGCCACCCCUGCAGAUGGACCAGCAUUAGUGAUCACAACCCAGAUGAGAUGUGCUUGUUCAGCCAGGUCGGCACUGACACUCCUGCAGUAAUUCAUGGAAGGGUGUCUGGUGUGUGUCUGAGCUUCAGGGGAGCUCUUUGUGUUUGUUUCUUUUUAAACAACAUGCAGUUGAAAAGGCUUGCUGUUUCUAAUUCUUCAAAAUUUCUUGUCCAGUAGAUCUGUUGAAUGAAACACUGAAAUGGUAAAUCAGCCACAGCAAUAAGACCACCCUUUGAAGAAUAAAGAGUGUUUUGACUCUAGGGGAUGUUUAUCAAAGUAUUUUUAGUUCUUGCUGCCUAAAUAAUUCCUCUUGAUUUGUAAGUGAUGUCUCCACUCUCAUCCUAAAAAUAUGACCUCUGACCUAAGUUACACUCAGUUAUUUCUUUCUAAACUUGUAAUUUCUCAAAUAAACUCUUAAUAUUUCUGUUGUUAAGAUGUGAAAUAAAGGCAGGGACCAUAAUUGUAGUGAUGUGUGAUUAGCUGCUGAUAAGGCAGAGAUGGGGAUCUGAGACACCUGGAUUGUUCUCUGUAAAAAACCACAUGUACUCAUUUUUAGAGAUUUCAAAAUGUUGAGAAAAGAAUUGAAAACACUCUGCUGCUGCUGUUGCAUGCAUGGAAAGAUUUCUCAGUUAUCAGAAUGAACAGUUAGCUGCAGAUAAGGAAGUUGCAUGUCAUAAUACAAAGGUUGAAGCAACUAAAUUAUGCUCACCAGUAGUAAAGAUUAAUUACUUUUAAUGAUACCUCCCAUUAGCACAUAUUUCUUAAUUUUGCACACUUUCAGUGAUCUAGUGACUUCUUCAAUAAUUCUUGACAGGUGUGUGUUGUGUCAGACACCUGUGUGACUUCAUACUGGUUCAAUGUGGGAGAAUUGUGUGUUUGCAGUAUUUGUUAUUGUGGAAAGGCUUGUGAUCAGAAGGAACAAAGCUGAAAAGUAAAACACACUUAAAGGUA